AUCAUGGUUGCCAAAGUCCUUUGUGCUGUUAUUCUGCUGGUUUGUGCUUUGAAAUUUAAUGCAGCUCAAGCAAGCUGUAAAGGACGAUGCGGUGGCGAGUACUACAGGGGUUACAUGUGUCAAUGCGACUACAGCUGCCUGUCUUACGGAGAGUGCUGCAAAGAUUUUGAAGCUCAGUGCACUACAAAAAGCUCGUGUAAGGGGCGUUGUGGAGAAAACUUCAAAAGGGGCCGACAGUGUAGCUGCGACCCUGAUUGUGCGAAGUACAAGCAGUGUUGUCAAGACUUCGAGGCCCACUGUGAGGCAGAAGAGCCAACUCUGAAUGAAGCCACAGAGCAGACGCCUUUCGUUGAAGGCAACGAUGCAGAUGACUACACAUAUCCUCUGGACAGCACAACAUCAUAUCCACCGGAUGAUCUCGUUGAUGAUUUAUACGACAAAGUCCCUCCCACUGAGGGAUUCUCUCUGACUGGAGUGGAUGAUCUGGAGGUGAAUCCAACACCAGACAGCAGCAGUGGAAAUGGACCCCCUACCAAUGACUCGCUGGAUCAAGGUCCAACUGAACCAGCACUGGUAACGGACACUCCGGAGAUCACCACAGACAGUGUUGUUUUGCAGACCAAAGAAACUUAUAUAGAGGAUGACAACCCCCCCAUCCUUAACUCUACUGCUGGAGAUGCCACGACUGAGAAUUCAGAUGCAGGCGAUGUUUUAACUGCCGCUGAUCAGAGAACAACUUUCACUGAAGUCCCAGUCGCACCUAACAUCGACUCCAGCCAACCUUUUUCAACUUCAGUGCCACAAAUAGAAUCUACAACUACAAGACCAGACAAACUACAUAUCAAUACAACCGUUCAUCCAUCGGAUGAGCAGGAUUUCACAACUAUUACCGACCAGAACUCAGACACAGUGGAAGAAAUCUCUCCACCCACAUCCACAGUGACUUUGAAUCCAGAGGAAACAACCUCAAACGCUGACAUUGGAAACAACACAGAGGACUUCACCAUGGACCCUCCACCUUUACUGAAAGAACCUGAAGAUCUAAAUACCACGGAGCUCGACAAAGGCACUUUUCUCCAUUCCACUCCAUUCCCAGCUGCAGUGCAGGACGAUGCCACAGACGGGCUUACACCAGUGGUGACAACUGCACAGGCACCAACAAAUCCCCAAAAGCCUGGACCCGACUCAAAACCCCAGGAGAAACCUGACCCACAGAAACUGACACCCACCUCUAAACCUGAAACUAAGCCCCUGGAUACCUUGAAUGUAGACAACCCAAGAGAUUAUCAAGCAGAUGACAGCAACGACACAAACCUGUGCAGCGGGAGGCCGGUCAGUGCGGUCACCACACUGAGGAACGGCACAAUGGUGGUAUUCAGAGGUCACUAUUUCUGGUUCCUGGAUAGAAACAGAGUGCCAAGCCCAGCCCGAGGCAUCACACAAGUAUGGGGCGUGCCUUCUCCAAUAGACACUGUGUUCACCCGCUGCAACUGCCAGGGCAAAACGUACAUCUUUAAGGGAAGCAGGUAUUGGAGAUUUGAAAAUGAUGUUGUGGACCCUGGAUAUCCCAAAGUCAUUAAAACAGGCUUUGACGGGCUGCAAGGCCAAAUCACAGCUGCUUUGUCUGUGCCUCAGUACAGGACCAGGAGAGAGUCUGUCUUUUUCUUUAAGAGAGGGGGACAUGUUCAGAAAUAUUCAUACCAGUUUGGUACAGGUCCCACAUGUGGCAAGAAAGUUCACAAUCCCAUUUACACAGUUCGUGCCCGAUUGGUUCGGCAAGCAGUGUCCGUUUUAGAACCAGUCAUUAACAUCCGGACAGCAUGGGCAGGUUUCCCCUCCACUAUCACGGCUGCUGUGUCUGUCCCAAGCAACAGGGAGCCAGAGGGGUACAAAUAUUACGUCUUCUCGAGAUCCACAGCCCACAGUGUGAAGAUUAACGGUGAACGCCCCGUCAUUACUGCUUCUAAAGCAAACACCUCGCCUCAGACCAACAACUUCUUCAGAUGUCCAAAGAAACUCUAA